CUCGAAUCUCUCGCUUCUCCAAAAACCCCAGUCGCAAGGGGGUGGAGCCGUGGAGGGAAGGGAAGGGUGUACAGCAGUGCCGUGGCCAUGGACAAGGCGUGGCAGCGCAAUCUUCAUCUUAUCGGCGGCGGCGGCGGCGGCGGGGAGAAGAAGGCGUGUCCUGCCGCGGCGCCCGCGCUGGGGCUGCAGAAGCAUAAGUCGUGGUCACCGGACAUCGAGCGCGACGAGGUGUGGGAGCGCCGGCGCCGGGACAUGCGCCGCGGAGGCACGGCGCUGCGGCGCGCGCGGAGCGUCACGGACGACGACCUCGCCGAGCUCCGCGGGUGCAUCGACCUGGGGUUCGGCUUCGAGCCCGCGGAGUCGGUGUGCGCGGCGUGCGGCUGCGCCGUGAGGAACCGCCUCCUGGACACGCUGCCCGCGCUCGACCUCUACUACGCCGUCCACGGCGGGGGCGGGGCAUGCGAAGCGGAAGGGCCGAAGUGCUCGUGCGGCGCCGCGUCGGAGGCGUCCUCUGACGAGUCGCCGCUCGGCAGCCCCAUGUCCAUACUAUCUCCAGGCGACCCGCCGGAGACGGUGAAGAUGCGGCUGAAGCAGUGGGCGCAGGUGGUUGCGAUGUCCUUGCUGAGCCGCCGAUGAGCUCUCGAGGACGUACGGCCGAGCCAUGGCCGCCGCCGCCACCACCUUGCAUUUGUGGCGUGGGGUGCGGGGAGAGAAUCAAUCAUUCGAGAUGCAGAACAGCAGAAGGAAGGAAUCCCCGGUCGCUUCGAGAAGGAAAAAAAAAAGGAGAGGAUUUCUGUUAGGGUUUGGUGUCCGCCGCCUGCCACCUUGCAUUGCGGACCGCUAGCUAAUCAAAGACGAAACACCAUGCCUAA